AAGAAACUAAGUUCCUCGUUAAAAUUAAAUUACCAGUUACUAAGUUUUACUGACCCCUUCCCACAUGCCAAUAGCCGACAUUUUCAAAUUAUAUUUUACUAUAUUAAAGACUGAUAUUAUUCGAAUCCGCUGGUCUGAACUGUGAUCCUAAAGCGGAUCGGCAUAUCACUGGAGUUAUUUUAGAGUGUAUAUAUGGAGAUUAAAGGCUGGUUACUUGUCUUUUAAGAUCUGGUAUGAGGACUUUGUUUUUAUGAGAGCAGUCUGAGGAGAUUGAUCGUGUCUACCACAAAGAGUUUUCCCAAUCAAGAUAAAUAUCAUUUUUGCUGAUUCGCCAAAGGAACAAAUGCUUGCAUGGGCAGUAGUGACAGCAACUGUGCUGUUGCUGGGGAAACUGGUCACAGUUUUCCGCUCAUUUAGGGUUUACGCAAGCAUCUUUAACAAGUGUCCAGGGGAAACCGACUUUCACUGGUUAUAUGGAACUCUGCACAAGUUUCCUGGUCCUAAUGAGAGAGGCAUACAAUAUGAUACUGACUGUAUGGAGAAGCGACCUCGGUUUAGCCGAGUUUGGGCAGGACCUUUCACCCCUGUCUUGUUUAUAUACCACCCUGAAUUGAUCCGUCUCAUCCUUAAAACUUCAGCUCCCAAGCCACGUGGAAAGCUGUUGGUAUCAGAUUACGACAUGGGAUUGGGAUGGCUAGGUGAAGGGCUAUUGAUCAGUAAUGGUGCCAGAUGGGCCCGGAGCCGCCGUCUGCUGACACCUGCCUUCCAUUUUGAGAUCUUGCGCUCAUAUGUUGUAAUUGAGAACAGAGCCUGUGACCUCCUGCUGAGCAAAAUUCAGAAGCAAGCAGACAUUGGAAAACCCUUUGAGGCAUUUGAUUAUGUCAGUCUUUGCCUCUUUGACAUUCUCCUCCAGUGUGCUUUUUCUUACUCUAGCAACUGUCAGAUCACUGGCAAUGAAGACCCUUAUGUCAGUGCUGUGAAUGAGCUGCUGAAGCUGUGGAAUGAUCGCAUACGACAGCCAUUGCAUUUACUGGAAUUUAUUUACCGACUGUCAGCAAAAGGCAGGAGAUGGUAUCAGCUUUGUGACUAUGUCCAUAAUGUGUCUGAGGAUCUCAUAAAUAAAAGACAUCAGCUCUUGAAAGAGAGAGCUGAUAACCAAGAUUCACCAACCAAGAAGCAAACUCUCAGCUUUGUGGACAUUCUUCUUACAGCAAGAGAUGAAGAUGGAAAAGGAUUAACCCUACUAGAGAUUCGCAAUGAAGCAGAUACCUUUCUUUUUGAAGGAUUUGAUACCACAACUAGUGCACUUUCAUGGACAUUGUACAGCUUGGCUCGAUGGCCACAACACCAGGCUCAGGUGCAAGAGGAAGUUGAUGCUUUGCUUCAAGACAGAGAAACAGAUGAUAUACUUUGGGAUGAUUUGAGCCAGUUACCUUACACAACAGCAUGCAUCUAUGAGGCAAUACGUAACUAUUCCACAGUUCCUGUCAUUGAGCGCAUGACAGACAAACCACUAGAUAUUGAUGGACAUCCGAUUCCAGCAGGUACCUAUGUGGCAUUUCACUUGUGGAUGCUGCAUCACAACCCAACUGUAUGGGACAGACCACAUGAAUAUCUGCCAGAACGUUUUCUUGGUGAUAGAUCCAUUACCAUGGACCCUUUUCAGUUUGUUCCUUUUUCUGCAGGACCAAGGAACUGCAUUGGCCAGAACUUUGCCAUGAAGGAACUUAAGAUUCUGGUAGCACGAAUUUUCCACCGAUUCCACCUUAAACUUGACCCUGAUCAUGAGGUCAUGAGGAUGCCACUGGCAACUUUUAAGACAGAAAAUGGUAUCAAGCUGAUAGCCAAGAUGCGCAAAUCUACUGGAGGAAAUAUGUGAUUCCACAACUCCUUUAACCAGAGAUCUGGGUAUACCAGUGACAUGAUCUGUUAUUCUCAGCUUACUGUAGUCCUACUUUAGUUUUAAUAGCCCUUACACCUUGUCACUACAUUUAAAUGUACACCCUGUCUGUACAUGUCACUAAAGGUUUUUACAGUAUAGAUUUGUUCUGCGUGUUUUUGCAAUAUCAAGUGCCUCUGUUUUUAAAUUUUGAAUUUCAUGUCUUUUGCACUGUACAUUUCACAGGAGUGUUUGACUUUUAUUUUUCCUCAAUGACUUUCAAAUUUCCUACAAGUGCUGGUCUUUUCUACAUGAUGCCAUAACAGUUUCUUCUGUUUCUUCUACUGGUAUGGACCAUUAUCAUGUUACAAUGAAUUGCAUGGCCAUAUGAAUAGUCAACUCAUUUAUGCUAAGCAAAAUAAAUAUUGAAUUAGAGUGAUUAUGGAAUGAAACACUUGAUACUCCAGCCAAAAUUGUACAUUUGUUGUUAAAGUACAUUAUUUUGUAUCAGUUUAUGUAAUUGUAAAGUUUAUAAUUAGUAAAGCAUAUAUAUACAUCUAAGUAUACAUGCCUACAAAUGAAUUAAGAAUGGGCAGUUAUGCCUAGCAGACUUUACCAGCAGGUUAAAAAACCCAGAAAAAUACAAGAGGAUGCAAUGUAAAAAUGAGAAGAGUAGUUUUGGAAGUUUAUCUUUUUCAACAAAGGUGUGGUGAAAGGAAGCAAAGGUUUCUAUGCACAAGCAAAAUUCAGAAAUGGGAUUAAGAAUGAGUAACCUUCCAGAUAAAUUAGGAUAAUGCGCAGUGAAGUCUGGUUGUAGCAGGUUAUAUUCCUUUAUGUUGUUAUACAUACUAUAGCUUUAGAUUGGAGAAUCGGGUGUGAUAAAGUUUUUGAUUUCCUUUGAA